AUGGCAAUGUACGCUUUUCAAAAUGGCUUCCAACGAAAGUUUACGAGAUGUCUUAAAGAAAAACCUGGACAGCAGAGGAGUUUUAAACCAAGUUAAGGCCAGAAUUCGUGCAGAGGUGUUCAAUGCUCUCGACAGACCCUCAGAAGGAAGGCCUGUGCUUAGCAAUGAGAAUAUAUUAAUUAAUGAGCUGAUACGAGAGUAUUUUGAAUUCAACAAGUACCAUUAUUCUGCUUCAGUAUUGGUUGCAGAAUCAGGAAUGUCAAAAGAACCUCUAGACAGAGAGUUUUUGAGAACUGAACUUAAUGUAGUUGAAGAUGCACCAUCUCGUUCAGUACCCCUCCUGUACAGCAUUGUGUCUAACUAUACACUUCGAAGUGGAACAAGCUUACAGCAGCAAAAACCACGAACAGCUUUCAUGGAACAGAUAGCCAGAGAUACUACUGAAGUGGACGGUAUAGGACCAGGUGACCCUUUGAUAGUUAGGGGAGGGCAACGAUGAUUCAGCGCAAAGCAGAAAAAUUAGUUAAGUUUCAAAACCACACAACAUUGUCUGCUUUUGCAUGUAUGUAGAAGGGUCAGAAUCAGGACAUGCUUUGGCAUAAAGAAUUUAAAGAUGAGUAUCAGUGCUUUGUGAUAUAGUUUGCAGGUGCUAUAUUGUAUGCAAUCUGCAGUACUUGUACAUUGUCUGAAAAGAAUAUAUUGCUUGUUAAGCUAUGUCUUGACCACUUCAUUGUAAAGCGUGAUUUAGUAAAACAGAAUCUUGCAUAAAAUAAACUGAAAGUACAUGUAA